CGGAAGUUCCACAGCUCUCCGACAGUUAAGGAUUGGCUCAUAUGGGUACAGUUGCAAAGUCGCUGUAACUUUCUGUGUUUCUUGAACGCAGUUAUGUCGAACAACAGCGCGGCCAACAGCAGUCUAGUCAUCGCCCAGAAAGCGGUGAAGCAGCUGCGGCUGGAAGCGAGCGUCCGGCGGAUAAAGGUUUCUCAGGCAGCUACAGAACUGAAGACCUUCUGUUUGCAAAACGCUCACAAAGACCCUCUGCUGACCGGGGUUCCCUCCAGUGAUAACCCAUUCAGGCCUCCCAAGUCAUGUGUUCUGCUUUGAGGGCGAAGGAGAGUGGAACAACCAAACAGUUUCCUGUGGAUUUUCACAAAGUUGAAGACAAAGAAGACGACCCCACUGCUUGCAGCUGGUUUUCAGAAGGACUUUCUGACCACAAAAUAAUUUUGAAGUGAAGAGAAACAUAAUCCCCAAAAUCCUUUGCAUUUCCAAAGCUUUUCCAGAAUGAAUCUAAAGUUAAAUGUUGGAUGAGUAGGCUCUGCUGCUAUAAGAGUCUGAGACGUAAAAUACAAUAUUUCGACAUCUUAGAAUUUUUUAAUUCACUUUGUGCCUUUAUUGUUCAGCAAUCGCUACUUUAGUAGCAUUUAAAGUACAGCGACAAAUGUUUCUUUUCCUAUUCAAAGUUCUCAGUAAUUUAAUUCCACCUGUUAAUAAAAGAGUUUGACAUGCAUUUAGCCAAACAAAUGUUUUCUGAUUUAUUGUAAGUUUUACAGAUUUGUCUCUAUGGAAAAAUAUAUUUUGAUCACUAAUUGUCUGUUGUAUUUUAACUGAUUUUUAAGUGGUUCUCUGCAGUUGUAACAUACUCAUUCACUAACUUAUAAAGUGCUUUGAAACAAAAAUGCAUAACUAUAAAAUUGUUACAACACUCACUAAGAUCACGCAGGAAAAAAUGUUAAUAAUGUUUCUACUAUCAACUAAGUAAUAAUAUUUGUCAAUCAUCACAAAAUGUCAAAUUGUCAUGUUUUUAGGUGCAAUGCCACCUGAUAACUUUGAACUUGAACUGCAGAUUCACAAUGAAACAGUCUGCUGUGUCUGUCUGACCUGUUUCCAUUAUCAGCAGGAAAAUGGAAACAGGUCAGAGUUGGUGGGUGAUGAAGCUAAAUACAAGGCAAUGCUGGAAGAAAACCAGCUGACACUGCAAGCUGCUUCACACUGGGCCAGAGAAUCAUCUUCCAGCAGAAUAACAACUCCAAAUUUACAACCAGAGCUACAAUAAAACGAUUUAAAUCAAAGCAUAUCCAUAUGUUAGAAUUGGACAGUCAAAGACUAGACCUAAAUACAAUUGUUUACAGACAUUCCACCUAACAUGGCUGAGCUUGAAACAUUUUGCAUGCAAUUAUCAAUUUCUGUCCCAGAUGUAUGAUGCUGUUACAGAUAUACAAUAAAAGAAUAUUUGCAAAAAAAUGCAGUUCUACAAAAUAUUGAGUUACAAAUAAAAAAUACACACUG